AAUCAAAUAAUUUUUAAUAAAAUCACUUUUUUUUUUUGCAUAGAUACACCCCACUCCACCGUAUGUGGCAAAGGAAACUGCUCUGUCCGUACUUUCCAAUGUUACGCCGGACAGCGACAUCAUCCCCACCGACAUUUUACACCCCCGGCGCUCUCCAACAACCACCACCACCACCACCUUCGUCAUAUACACGCUUCCACCACCACCUUCCAAUUUCAGAGAGAAAUUAAAGACCCAAUUUCUAGAGAGAGAGAGAGAGAGAGAGAGCGGCCAUGGAUUUCUCCAAGCAGCUCUGUUUCUUCUCCAUCGCCGCCGCCGUUUUCUUGAUUCUCCGGGAUGAAACUGCCGCCGCCGUUUCUUCCCCGGCAAAGAAACACUCUGCUUCUGUUUCCCAGAUCAAUUCGAACUCCGUCCUUGUCGCCCUUCUCGAUUCCCAUUACACCGAGCUCUCCGAGCUCGUCGAGAAGGCCCUCCUCCUCCACGCCCUCGAAGACGCCGUUUCUCUCCACAACGUCACCGUUUUCGCCCCCAGUAAUGAGGCUCUGGACAGGGGUUUGGACCCGGAUUUCAAACGGUUCUUGCUCGAACCCGGAAAUCUCGGGUCUUUACAGAGUCUCCUCCUCUUCCACAUCGUGCCCACUCGCCUGGAAUCCAUCAGAAAUUGGCCCGCCGGAGGUGUCCGCACCCUUUGCGGCGGGGAGAAUCUUGUUUUAUCUCCGGGGGAGAUUCUCAGGCCCGGCGAUAUCAUCCGGCCGGACGGCGUGAUUCACGGGAUAGGACGCGUGCUGAUUCCCAAGUCCGUUCAGCGUGAUUUCAACGCUCGCCGGAGUUUGAGGGUCAUCUCCGCCGUCCUCCCCACCGGAGCUCCGGAGGUGGACCCCAGGACUCAGCGCUUGAAGAAGCCCGAGAUUCGGGCCCAACCCGGCGCGCCUCCCGCUUUACCCAUUUACGAGGCCAUGGCUCCGGGCCCAUCUCUGGCGCCGGCGCCCGCCCCGGGACCAGGAACCCGCCGCCGGCACUUCGACGGGGAAAGUCAAGUCAAAGAUUUCAUCCAGACGCUCCUGCAUUACGGCGGGUACAACGAAUUGGCCGACAUUCUGGUCAAUCUGACGUCUCUGGCCACGGAAAUGGGGAGAUUAGUGUCCGAAGGGUACGUUUUGACGGUGCUGGCGCCGAACGACGAGGCCAUGGCGAAGCUCACCGCCGACCAGCUGAGCGAGCCGGGGUCGCCGGAGCAGAUAAUGUAUUAUCACAUCUUGCCGGAGUACCAGACGGAGGAGAGCAUGUACAAUGCGGUGAGGAGGUUUACGAAGGUCAGAUACGACACGCUGAGAUUGCCUCACGCGGUGGCGGCGGUGGAGGCCGACGGGUCCGUGAAAUUCGGCGCCGGCGACGGGUCGGCUUAUUUGGUGGAGCCGGACAUAUAUACCGACGGGAGGAUUUCCGUUCAGGGGAUUGACGGGGUUCUGUUUCCGGAGGAGGAGGAGAUUAAGAAGGCUGGAACUUCCAAAUCUGCCCCUGUCGUUAAUACCAAGGUUGUUCCAAAGCAAAGAAGAGGGAAGUUAAUGGAAGCAGCUUGUACCAUGUUUGGGUCUCUUGGUUUCACAGGCUGUUCUUGAAGUUCUACACUGAAAAAAACUACAAAAUGAUAGGAGCAAAUGCAAUCUGCAGUGGUUUGGGACAACCAUGUUGAUGGUCUUUUAAAGGGAAGCAAAUUGUGAUCUUUUGUUGGACAAAAGAAAAAUGCAAAAGGGAAUCCAAUGAAUGUUACUCUCUUCUGUCUUAUUAGUUGUUAUCAUCACCACAAUUGUAAUUACACUUCAUUUUUUCUCCAUUUCUAUUAUAUAGCUCAUCUUGGCUUACAUUUUGGUGUGCAAAAAAAAAAGAAGAAGAAACACAGACAUAUUCCUUUCUUGUUUAAACAAAUCAUAUGGGCAGUGGGCCCUGGUGUGCAUUAUGUUUUUGUUGGCCACUAUAUAAAAUUAUGCAUUCUCAGCUUGUGAAUGCAAAUGGUUCUCCAACUUCUUUGGCAUUACAUU